AUGUGGUCGAAACGGGAGAAUCGUCUACGUGUAGAUAUGUUACAUAAUCACCCGGCAUUAAUAGAAUUACGUAACGAUGUAAGGAAACGUCAUCAAGGACAUGUAUAUGAGAAUCGUUUAAAUAUUUUGUCAAAUUCAGCACCUUUAGAAUAUAUCCCAUCAAAAGGAUCGAAAUUAUGUAGUAAAGACAAUCAAUCAUUCACUGUACUCUUGUCACCUGAUCGCAAGUCGCUUCUUAUAAGAGACACAAACCAGAACAUAAGAGAAAUAUGGCAACUAAACUGUAUUAGUCGAGUAUCUUUGGGUAUAACUGAGAAAGUGAAAAAAAAUCCGGAACGUACAUUACUCUUUCAAGUGGAAUUAUCCGAUAUUCCAAAUCAAGAUGAUCCCAAUGAAUCGACAAGUAAUAAAUCACGUUGUUUUCGAGUUAUUUUAUUAGCCAGAUCAAUAAUUGAAUAUAAUUAUUGGUUAGAUGGAUUAUUUUUAUUAAAUAAAUUAAAUAAUCCAAGUGAUUAUUACAAUGAAGAUGUGGAGCGUUUAACUGAACUAGACAUGUGUAUACGUCUUUCAAGUUUAGAUUUAAAUCAGUUGCCAAAAAGAGAAAUCCCCAUGCCUACAGAUCCACCACCACCUUUGGAUUUUAUUUAAUUUCAUUAUCCUCUUCUUUUUCUUCUUUCAAUAUUGUUUGUGUAAUUAUCCACCUUGAUUUUAAAUAAUUUUGGAUUGAUAGAUUAUAUUGUUCAUUUAUUUCAUUGUUUGAACAUUUAAUGAAUGAAGGUACAUGUAAAUUGAUUAUUUACCACCCAAUCAUUAAUAACUGUGUACGAAAUUUAUCUCACUUUAUUUUC